UCAUCCAAACCAAGGUAUAAUAGAUCCCUCACGGCCGGACCGUCAUAAACGACCAAACCAACCUAGAACCGAUUUAGAAGAAAAAAAAAGGGGAGAGAGAGAGAGGGAGAGAAAAUCGCGACAGCUUAACUGCUCAGUUCGCCAUGUCCAUUUCCAAAAAGUUACGUCUGGCAUAUGUCGCCGAGUGGCUACUCGCCGUAUCAAUCUCCGCUCUCCCAAUCGAGCAAUCGCCGGUGGUGGAGGGGGCGGACGAGAGCGUGGCUGUGAUGCUAGGGAAGAGGGAGAGGAAACACGGGUCCCUAGGGAGGGUUAUUGAUGAGGUAGCUGGGCGGAAUUAUGAUGUUUUUGCUCAGCGCGGCGAACGGGACGAGGAUGAGGACAGUGAUGGGGAUGGGAAGUCGGAGGGGGGGGAUUCGGACGGGUCCGUGGAUUCUGAAGGGACUUCGGUUAGUUUGGUUUUGCCUAUUUUGCGUUUUAAGCUUAAUUCCUCGUUGAUUAGUAUUAUUUUUAUUUUUAUCUUUUCUCUCGUUUUAACUGGGUUUGCAAGGAGAGGGAUUUGUGUCAUGGCAGAGUGAUCGAGUGUGAUGCUAAUAUGUCUUAGGUCGGUAGAGACCCCAGAGGAGGAACUCACGCUGGUAACACCACUUUAGGUUGGAAUCCUGCGGAACAGGCGGGCUCGUCGCCCGCCAAAGUGGAGGGGCAGCAGGGUGCUUCCACCGUUGCUAAAAAUUUGUUGAUAGCUGGUGGGGCAAUUGGUAUGCUUGCCACAUGCAAUGAUAUGCCAUGAUAUUUUGUUGACUCAAUUGAAACCCAUAGCCGCCUUCAUAUUCGUAGCGUUAAUCGCUUUCUGGCUAUACAAGGCCAGGGGCAGAAUAUUCCGAAGGGCCAACUUCAAGCGUGGCACUGCACACAGAUUCCGGGGUGGAGGCAUAGCGUACGAUGAGAAAUCCUCUGUAUACCCGCAGAGCACCAUCUUCAGUAGCGGCAGCAACACACGACCAAUUUUGGAACGCAAGUACUCCAUUCCCGGAAUACCCUUUCCACCACCAGCACUAGCACUACCAGACACCUCCCCUGGACGUCACCGGUCACGCGAGCACCUUCUGAUCCGCACCUCCCUCCUCCGGGAAAAGCGACCUGUCUCCUCGCCAUACCCAGUGGAUGAAAAGGGAACCUUCUACGACGGGGCCUCUGAUGCAGAUCCCUCCUCUCCCCAACAAGAGGAUCUACCCCUCCCACCGCCAGUCUACUCGUACAUGACAGACCACCCCCUCCUAAGCCCCUCCCAGUCCUCCUCCAUCUCAAACAUCAAACCCCGAAAGCCCCCCAGAACCGCCACCACCACUAACAACCGACCACAAUCAUACGCGCAAAUAUACCCUCCGCCACCAAUCCCCGAAUCCAACACCAUCCCACGCAACGCGCCACAAAUGGACUCGCGCUUCUCCUGGACAACAACAGUCACGUCGGAGGCCCCCAGCGACGUAAAAAGUGUCCGCUCCUCCCUCAACAGCGAGCCUAUGUUCCGCGGCGUGAAUUCCUGGGUCAGCCAUCAAGCCGGAAAACUGGAGCGGAAGGAAAGACUAGCGCAGUUACAGCUCGAACAGCACGAGGAGGAGCAAGCACAGGACAUCCCGUUAGGAAGCCCGCCGGCAACACCCAAUGCGUUUAGACAUCAUCCCGGUGCCCCUGUGAGUUUUUUGGAGCAUCGGGCGCGGAUGGAGGCGGCGAUGGAGGCGGGUGGGCGGUUCCCGGGAUUGGGGAGGUAGGUUUUCUUCUUUUUGUGUGUGUAUGGUAGUUGGGCGGGUGCAACUAUUGUGGAGCAUUGUAUGUAUUCGCGCGCGAGGGGAAUUAAUAUCGUACUUUUUUUAUUUU